GAGGCAACACUGGUUCCGAUCAUAGCGAGCGAACAGUCCGUCAUCUCGCCCCCCUGAACCGGUCAUCCUCCACUGCCGAUCGGGGCUCAGGGGUUAUGCACACCCCAUGGUCUGAUGCAAAGGGUCCAUUACACGGUGACUUACUCAUAUCUUCCUCUCCUGCUUCCUUGUCUUCAUGUUUUGCAACAAUUAGCCCCAUUCCUUCCACCCACCCACCCGCUUCACGACAUAAACAGCCUUGGGGUUUCAUGAUCACAAGGGGAGCUGCCGCUUUAAUCCUGACCUACAGCUUGUUCGUUUCGAUGUGCACGAGCCUCCCUCCUGUGACGCUGGGUCAGGUCUCCGAGUGAUCGCAUUGGGGUCUAUGCCGAUCAUUAGAGUUCGUGCGAUUGUCCAUUUCCGGUCCUAAUGG